AUGACCAAGGACAGUCCCUCAGAUGGGGGCGGCAGUCCUGCGCCCCUGCGCCCCCCUCAACAGACCCCACACAAAGCACCCUGCCAGCACUCCGCUGGCAGCGGGGCAAACAGCAGCGGCUGCGGCCCACCCCCAUCUCCUUUCCACGACGACCACCGGCGGGAACUAGAGACGCUGCGGGCCAAGUUGGAAGAGGAGCGCCUGCACUCUCGAGAGGCCCGGCGUUGUUUCGCCGUCGAGGCUCGGGAGCUCCGCCAGGCCGCCGAACAAGACCGGCAGCUGCUGGCCGACCAGCUCCGCUCCAAAUGGGAGCAGCAGCGGGCCCGCGAGCUCCACCAGCUGAGGGAGGCCACCGCGAGACACCGCGAGGCCGAGAUCCGGCAGCUGAUGCGCUGGAAAGAGGCCGAGCUGCGUGAGGCCCAGGAGCUCCUGUGGCAGGAGCGCGAUGCUGCCAUGCGGCAGGCCCGGGACUUGCAGCGUCAGCUGGCCAAAGAGCUGGUCAGCCAUGGCGGCGGCGGCAGCCGUGGAGAAGGAGGAGCCUCGGGCGGGGGGCCGAACGCCGAGUCCCACACCAAACUCCAAGAAGUCCUGGGCAAGCUCCGGUGGGAGGUCGACGGCGACCAGGCCGCUAGGAUCCGCCACCUCAAAGCCGAGCUGGAGCUGGAGCGGAGCCUCUUCCUCAAGUAUAUCCUGGAGCCCUUUGAAGGGGAGCCUUUGCCUGUGGGCUCCCCACACAGAUUCAGCCAAGCCUCCUCACCCCAGCACCUGGGCAGGGCCAGGCCCCAUUCUUGGCAGAGUCGCACUGCUGCCUCCACCCCAGAUGUCACUUCAGUUUUCAGGUCCCGCUCCCUGGUUAACAACCCGAGCAGAGGUGAGUCUCCCUGCAGCCACCCACUGCUGGAAGAAGGGAGCCCCUCCGACAGCAGCUGUCAGGAGCGGUCCCAGAAGAAAGCAUUGGGUAAAGAACUGGAUGUUGAGAAGGAGUCCAAACAAGAGGCCUCGGUGGAUUCGCCCCCAAAAGGAAGAGUGGGCACUUGGGGGGCUGCCGGAGAAUGUGCUCAAGAAGCACAGCCACAGCAAGGCUGGUUGUCUGGCAACCGUUAUAACCAGCUGGUGAAGCAGAACACAGACCUGCUGAAGGCCCUGAGGGAGCUGGAGCAGAGGUGCACUCGCCUCAGGGAAGAGAACACCCUGCUCAGGAGGAGCAGCUUCCCAGACAGAGUGAAAUGGCUGAAAAGGAAGGCUGCCGAGCUGGCCGUCAUCGCCCAGCGGCUGGACGAAAGCUCCAAGAAAUUCCAAGAGCUCCGUCUGCUGAAGCUGUGCGAAAACCUUCGGCGCGAGGUAGAGGAAAAACAGAAAAGGUGCGACGAGAUUGAACUGAAACUUAAUACCAUGUUGAGCGAAAACGCCAGGUUAUCUGAGGAAAACUCUCAACUCCAAAAGGAAAACAAGCAGGAGGAAAAGAUUGAAAAUGAAAAUGCUGAUCUGAAGGUGAAACUAAUACAGGCCACUGAUGAGAGAAAUUCUGCUGUUCAGUUGGCUGAAGGACUUGAAGCCAAAAUAGAGAAUUUAGAACAAGUAAUCAAGGACAUGAAACAGACAGCAGAACGUCAGCAGAGGUCAAAAUCUGAACAUGAGAAAACUUUACUGGAGCUGCAAAAGAAGGAAGAAGAAAUACAGCGACUGCAGCAAGCACAAAGAGAAAUAAAAAGACACUAUGAAGAAGAAGUACAGUUACUUGACGCUGAGGUGAAUGAAUUAGAAAAUCAUUAUCAUAGUCAAAUAGAACAUUUUGAUCUUCUGUCUCAAGAACUUGAGCGACUACAAAUUCAAAAGUCUGGGAUUCUGGGAUCAGAACUGUCUCAAGCAACAUGCAGUUCCACAGGAACGAGCUGUCCAGAGAAAUGGGAACAAGAGACCUACCAUGAUCUCCAUUGCAGUGACAGUACCAAUGAUGAAGACCGUGCAUCCGUGGCUUCUGUUGAUUUGAUCAAAAGUCCUUUAAAACUGCUUGUUUUUUUAGCCCGAGACAGUUACGAUCCUUUCGAUGGCCCUAAUAAGACUCCUGAGGCAGAACUUCCGCUAACAGCUGGAGAAUAUGUUUAUGUGUGUGGAGAUAUGGAUGAGGAUGGCUUCUAUGAAGGAGAGUUAAUGGAUGGCAGGAGAGGGAUGGUACCCUCAAAUAUGGUUGAGGAAGUUGCAGGUAAUGAUCUAAUUAGUUUCAUUCCUUCGGAGCCAAGUGACAUUUCCUAUAACUCAUUCCAUGAAACCAGUUUCCCCUGCCAAUGUGCUAGCAGUGACAGGAGAAGCAGCAGCCCAGAUGAAGAAGAUGUGUGUGUGAGCCUUCUGUCUAAGACACCAGAAGGGACAGUACGUGACACCCAGGCAGCAGUGCCUUAUCCCCAAAAUCUGACUCUUCUCAAACAGUCAGCAAAAUCCAUUGUUAUAGGGUGGGAUCUACCCCAAGUGCCCGAGAGCUGGGGAGAAGUACUGAGCUACAACAUCUACGUCAAUGCAGAGUUGCGUCAAAAUGUGAAGGAAGGCAGUGAGAUGAGGACAGUGAUUGAGAACCUGGAUUUAAAGUUGCAGACUUACCGAAUCUCAGUUCAGAGUGUGACAGACAAAGGACAUUCUGAUGAAAUGCAAUGUACUUUCCUUGUAGGUAACACUUCCCAUAUUGCGCCAACUCUCCCGAACCUUCGGAACAUCACAGCCACAUCAGCAGAAAUCACUUGGUUACCAAGCAACAGUAACUAUACUCAUGCAGUGUACCUUAAUGAGAAGGAAUAUGGUGUGACGAAAGCAGGCGUCCACUGGUAUACUUUCCAAAACCUCAGGCCCAACACGCAGUACAGCGUCAAAGUGGUACCUCUCGUGCCUAAUGAAGUGUUGGUCUAUCCUCAGAGGGGGUUGGAGCAGGGGUCGACAGAAGUUACAUUUACUACUCCAUCCGCGGGACCCACCGAUGCCCCCCUUGAUGUCCAAGUCCACGCUGGUUCUUUUGCAGACAUUCUGGUUAUUAACUGGUUACCAGUAACAAUCCACGCAUCAGGAACAUCUAAUGGGGUGCAAGUCACAGGCUACGCUAUUUAUGUCAGUGGACAGAAAGUAAGCGAGAUAAUGUCACCAACAGCUGGGAGCGUAUCCUUAGAAGUUUCCCAACUCAAGAUGCUCCAAGGUCCUCAGACCGUUUCUGUAAGGACUGUUUCUCCAUUUGGGGAGUCUGGGGAUUCUGAGAUUCAGUCUGUGAUGACUCCGAAAGAGUAUUCGUAG